UGCUCGAAUGUUUCUGUAAAUAUACAAGUAACAGUGUGCCUGAUGUCAAAUGUCUCAAAAGUAACCCCAGUUUGUGGAACUCGAUGACCUUAAGCAGCUUUCCAUCCUUUGCCUCCGGGUGUCAUUUUCACGGCUAAACGCUGGCUUUUGAGAUAGCAGCAGGCCUGCUAAUAUUGCUAUACAGCACACCCCUUCAGUGCACUGAGUCGCUGUGUAUUCACAGCAUGAUUUCCGAUUUCGCACCACAUGAAAUGACUCGUUAACGCUCCUUCUCUUCGCAGGUGCAAAUUCUUUCAAGCGGUUCCAGCGUGUGGUAGGUAGCUUUACACUUCCAGACGGGCGCGAACAUGGCCUCCAGUCACAGGACGUGUUUGUUUUGAUAGAGCGCGAACUGCGCGCACAGGGUAUGGGCGUUAGCCUAAUUUCAAAACCUGCAGGGGAAAUCUGUGUAGGAAAGAUUCUGAACCCCAUUCCUGUCUUCCUUGUCUGCAAGCCCCACUGUUAUCUGAAUAUGGACAGAAUCCGCAAUAUUACAGUUUUCAAAUGGCUCAAGUCUGGAACUUGAGGGCUGGCUUUGGCUGGCCUGUUUAUGGAGGUGCAGCUUGACACAGAGUGACUAAUAUUAACCAUGUACAAUAGUUCAUAAUGCAUCGCCAGCAAAUAAUCGAUUUUCUAGUGGCGUUUCAGGAACAAAAAGAUUUGAGUAGGUGCUGGAUAUUUUUUAGCUUACCAGCUGAUGUGUAAGCUUCGGAACUUGACGCAAGGCAUGCCGAGCGACUCCAGCAGACAAAGGAUAGAUCCCAUGGAAAAAGAAAGAAUAUACCUGCGUGAAUUUAAUAUGAUUUUCUUUUGGUGUGCAACGAAUUGAAGGAUACAGAAACGCUCUGAAUGACCUGAAAUAAUCAUGAAUAAUUAUAGAUUCACCACCACCCGAUCGACGACAACCGACUAUGUUCGAUCAACAAGGCCAUAUAUGAUAGAAGUGGAUGACUCGGCUCCUGUUCCACUGAUUGUUGGUAUUGCCUUGGCCAUUUUUAUUGGCUUCGUCAUCAUUGUCUGCUGCAUUUGUCGAAGAAGAUCAAUAACAAGUGGAUCUAAUGCUCAAAAUGCAUCUAACAAUUAUCAGAGAGCUCCAACUGGUGAUGGUGGAACAUUUGCAGGGGGUUUUACUGGGGGAGGUGGCGUUGGAGUGGGUGGAGGUGCUUACCCCAUGGCACCAAUGAACUCAAUCUAUCCUCCUGCACAAGGGCAGGUGCCAAGUGCAACAGUAGGACAAGCUGUUCAUGGUGGCUUAAAUGUUGGCCAGCAUCCAGCACAACAUCCAUACCCAUCGCUUCCUCCUACCGCCUACACACCACCUUAUCCGCUAGGGUACACACAGCUACCGUCUUAUAUGCCGAAUUCACAGUCGCACACCUCCUCGUCCUCGGGACCCAGCACAGACCGUGGAAUCACUGGGUUCUCUCCUCCUCCUCCAGCACCACCCCCAGCAGGUAUGAUGGCACCUGGGGACCCCCAGCGAAGUCAGCUCAGCGGCCCAGGCUCCUCUGCCAGCAGUAGCGGUGGGGGAGGUAGCAGCAGCAUUGGUGGGGUUUCCGGAUCAGGGAUGCCAGGUAGUGUUGGCAUGCCAGGUGGUGUUGGCAUGCCUGGUGGUGUUGGCAUACCAGGUGGCAUGAUGGGCCUUUCAGGGUAUGCCCAGCACCCUUCAGUGACGACUGGUUAUGGAUUCGUAGGUGAGAAACCUUACGUACCAGGACCAGGUUACCCUAUGCAGACAAUGACAGCAGAUCCAAUGGGUGGAGGGGUCAUGCUGCAGAGGGUGGGGUCACCGCUGCCAACAGGAAUGACAACUACUGAGAUGGGGCACCUUUGAAGAAAGCCCAUGAAUCAGUCCUUCAUCGCUGGGUCACUCUCAGGUUAUACUCAGAUGCAUGUUUGGUAUAUACUGUGUGCAGCAAACAUUCUCCCCAGACAUGUAAGUUGUAAUAGAAAGCAGAGAUCUAAAAUGGUUUUGACUUUUUGAAUGACUAUGCAGGGGAAUGUGUUGUGCUACGUGCAUCCUAGUCAGCAUGCGAUUAAAAAACAAAUCAAAGUGUAUGAGAAGCUGCACACCGUGUGCAUAUUUUAUGGUUGUUUUAUCUCUGGGUUUUUUGGUAUCUCAUUAACUUUUACUCAAUUUGAAGAUUUUGUCCAUACAGACAUUGAAUUGCAACUACCAGAAUA